AUGAAAAAUGCAUUUGGUAUAGAAUGGAAAAGUGCAGAUUCCAGAUUAAUAUGCUAUGAUGAUGAUGUAUGGGAAGAUUGGGUGAAGAUAUCAAGGAAGGUUUUAGUCAACAGAAAUCCAGGUCUUCAUUUUGGAGACAUUCAUGUUCUGAAUGCUAGAUAUGUAAAAGAGUUGGAAGAUUUUAUUGGAAAUGAGAUCUUGGUGGAAGCCAUUGACAAUGGUGGUGGAUGUAGAAAUGAUGUUCAAGAAAACAGAUAUUUUAGAGAAGAUUAUAACCAAGAGAUCAACUGGCAUAACCCUUUAGGAAUGGUGGGUGAGUUAGCUUUAGCAUUUGGUGAGUUACUGAGGAUGUUAUGGGCACUAGGAAGGACUCCAUUUUCUCCAAGGCAAUUCAAAGCAAAGCUUGCUCGUUUUGCACCAUAAUUUAGUGGAUACAAUCAACAUGAUUCUCAG